AUGAUCCACUACCAGGUCGAGCAAGAUGGACUCUCGGAAAUUGUAAUCGGAUCUGGGUCCUUCGGGGAGGUAUAUGCUGCUACCCUGACGGUGUCCCCUUACCUCAGCAGAGAUGUGGUGGUAAAGGAACCCUAUACAGACAAGGCAACACUGGACUCCAUCGUUAAUGAGGCAAAGAUCACCAUGUACCUCGAGUCCACAGGCUGCGUCCCCAUCUGUUACGGGCUAUUGAAGAACGAGGAGGACGGCUACGGCAUUGUGAUGGAGUAUGUUGGUUCCGGCCAAACCCUCUAUGAUAUCAUGUGCGAGUCAGACAUGCCCAGAUUAAUUUGGCUGAAUAUUGUGUGCCAGCUUUCCAGUGGACUGAACAAGAUCCACAAGAAAGACGUUCUCAUCAAUGACAUCAAGUCAGACAACAUUCUAGUGGACAUGUCUGGAACACUGCCCGUGGUCAAGUUCUGUGACAUGGGAACAGCCUCAUACAAAUCAGGAGUGCAUUACAAAGGGGCCAUGGAGGGGUGCGUGCAUCUAGCUCCAGAGGCGUGUGCCCAUGCUGAGACAACCCCAGCAUGUGAUGUAUUCAGUUUAGGACGAGUCCUGAAGAAGAUACAUGGAGUCUCCCACAUCUCAGCCUUGUUGGCCGUCUCUGACAUGUGUAUGGCUGAGAAUCCAGCUGACCGCCCCACCCUCUCCACAGUAGUCCAGCGGCUGCAGGACGAGUACACAAAGGAGGUUCUGUUUCCGACUCUAACACUAACAGUGCCGUCACAUAGAUACCUUGAGUCCAGUGAUGAAGAAUCAGAGGAAGAAUCUACCGGACAUGUAGGUGUUAAUACACCUAUCAACGUAGACACAUCGAGUCCAAGCUCCCCUGAAGUCAAUGGUGCUGUGUCAAGUGAUACUGAAUCUCGCAGGGACAACCUGAGAAGCACCAGGAGCGGUGAAGUUUCACCAUCAAAUAACAAGGACCCAGCCAUGAUGCUGAGUGUAAAAGAGACAGAUACUUCAUUAGGUUUUGUAAAUUGGGCUGAAACUAAGGACAGCGUGUCCAUUUCCAAGAAUCACACGUUGUGCAGACAUGACUCUGUAUCCUCCUACGGACAUGCCACAGACGCCAGGAAUAUGGACACAGGCAUUGUAUUCUCUACUGAGACCAAACACAUCUCGGCUGCGACUUCAAAGCCUACACAAGAUGGAAGUUCAAGUCCGAUAAACAAUACUGAUGCUCAAAGUCUGCACAAGAUGGAAAUUGACAAUGGAUGCUGCUAA